UAUAGGCCAAUCGCACGAAGUUGCACCAAAGCUUCACAGAUAAUUUCUCUCUCUUUCUCUCCUUGUUUCUGUUGCUCACUGUUCUGCCAAACAAGUGCAGUGAAAGAGUUAGCUAUGAGCAAGGAGACGCAGAAAAAACCUGGAGCUCAUCAAAUUGUCAGAUUGGACAAGGCAUUGAAAUUGGCUGAACAAUGGGUUAAUAACAUGAGUAAAGGUAUAGAGGAUGAAACAACAGAAGUAGAACCAGAGGGCCGUCCUGAUAGACUUGGACUUGGCGCCAAAGUUCUGCUUCAAUCCAAAGUUAGACCCUUAAAUGAUCCUGUUGAAAGAAAGUUACAUGCCAAGUUGGAAGCUGGAAAAAGAAAAGCUACGAAAAGUAUUGAAGAGUCCCUCCCAUCUACAAGAGGAGGAGGCAAUGACAAUGAUGAUGAAGACAGUGAUGGAGAUUUAGAAAGCAGAACCAGUGCAUUUACCAAGAAGAGAGCAGGUCCUCCAACUUCAUCUUUACAAUUAAAGAAGAAACACAAGUAACUUUAAACCUUAUCAAGAUCGAAUGUAAUUGCUUAUGCUUUCCACAUUCUAUAGUCCAUGUAAACGGGAUUGUUAUCUUUUUAAAUUUGAUGUUCAUAAAGGAA